AUGGAAUCAGAACCGUCCCUUGGCGCUCUCCUCAAGGCUAUCACAGCCCUCACAGCCCAAGUUGGGUCCCUCCAGGACCAAAUCAAAGCCCAAGGCAAGCAAAUUACCCAGCUCACAGCCAUAUGCAAGGAGACCAACAACCUUGUUGGUGAUGUCCUAGACGUUUGUGACAAGGAUCAGGGCGGAGCCCAAACCAAGCCUGGCCCAUUGACUGGGCCCAUCACCCCUCCUACCCACUCAGGAGGGGAAGUCCACACUCCAGGCACGGUUAGGCCUGGACUCAAGGCCCUGUUCCGCCCCUCUAGAGGAACAGGUUACAGCUCAGAAGAGGAAGAGGAACCCAGGCAAGCCCCCAAGAAGGAGCCUUGCAACACGCCUAAGCAGAGCCUCAGCUCCCUCACUCCCUUUGACUCAGGGUCCAGCGUAAAGCGGCCCAAAAUGGAACUCCCCAACCCAUACAAAGGGGACUCCAGGGGAAGAAAGGCAACCCAGUGGCUGGAUUGCAUGCUGCUGUGGGUUGCGCUUCAUCAAGACCAGUUUGAUGAAGAAGAACAAAUGGUUGUAUGGAUACUAUACCAUAUGACUGACAAAGCUGCCAACUGGGCUCUUCCCAUCAUUGGGACCAUUAUCAAGGGCAAGGGAAAUCCCCCCACUACCAUCCCGGCCUUAACAGCCAAGUUCAAGGAGGCAUUUGCCAAUCCUGACGCCAAGAGGGCAGCCGCCAGGAAGAUAGCUGCGCUCACUCAGACAACCACUACAUCUGAGUACGUUACCAAGUUCUGCAAUCUCAUGGCAGAACUUGAUUGGAACAAGGAGGCAUACAUUGCCCAAUUCAUGUGUGGCCUUCACUGGAAGGUCAAGGAACUCCUGUCCACCAAGGACAACAUUCCUGACAAUUUGGAGGCUAUCUUUGCUGCCUCCAUCAAGAUCAACAACACUUGUUGGGAAAACAAGGAGAACCAACCAAAAAAGGCACCCGCCAAGUCCCUGGCCACCGUGGCCACUUCCACUUCUACCACCACUACAAGGGUUUGCCUAUUGGAGGACCCCAAUUAUGUUACCCCAGAGGAGAGGGACCGUUGCUGCGCAUUGGGUCUUUGUUGUGACCCAACUGUAAGGUUGGUCACACGCUAG